CUUCCAGAACAACGGAAAAAAACUAUGGUCAAUCCACGUGGGGCGUCCAAGAAAAUGUCAUGAAUUCUUUUUAAAACAAGUCGACAAUAUGAAACGAGAGGUCCGAACUUUGAAAUUUGAAUGUUCCAGAUAACCACAAACGCUAGAAUAACUCAAGAACAGAGAUCGGAGAACCGAUGGCUGCUGCGUUUGCGUCGACGGCGGCGGUGUUGAGGUCUGCUCGCCCGGGACGGGUGCCCAUCGCUCGGCGGUGCGUGGUGGCGCGGGCGUCCGCGACGAUGGCGGCACCGGCGGGGCUGGCGGCGGGAAGGACGCACUACGAUGUGCUCGGCGUAAGCGCGGGGGCGAGCAGGGGCGAGAUCAAGGCCGCUUACCGGCGCCUGGCGAGGGUGGUGCACCCGGACACCGGCGGCGGCGGCGGAGACGAGGGGUUCAUCCGGCUGCACGCAGCCUACGCCACGCUCGCCGACCCCGAUGAGCGCGCGCGGUACGACCGGGACGUGACCAGCCGCGCCGCGGGGAUGAUGAUGCGGCGGGCGUCGGCGACGACCGGGCCGGCGUUCCGGCGGCGGACGUGGGAGACGGACCAGUGCUGGUAGGACGUACGGCCGGGCAAACGCGGCUGCCUUCUGUGGGCUCUGAAGCUCUUAGCCCCUGACCGGCGGCCCCCC